AUGGGCUUUGAUAAUCCAUUCGCUACAUUUCUUGGCAAAAGGCGGGUUCCCAGGACGGGACUCAAGCGUCAUCGCAUCGAAGGAGACGUAUCGCUAGAAAGCACACAAGAAUACAAAACAACAGCAGAAGAUGUGGUGGCGGAUGCCGCCUCCGCCACCGCAUCGCCGAAUGCGGCCGAGCUGAGCUGUGCUGAGAAGACAUCUUCAGUUGACACGGCCUUUUCCAGUCCUGUGAAGGUCGUUCUGCUCUCAGAUGAAAGGGACUUGGAGGAGGAGGAGGAGGAGUUGCGCCUGCUUAUUGGUGGCCAUCACAAAGUGUCUGUGCAGCCCAAAGAGGCGGCGGCAGUCUCGUCCAGUGAAGGCGUACACGUCGCGGCUCCCACAGCAACCACGCCUGUGGCUCUCCGUGAUCUUCCGUGGACGACGCGGUCCAAUGCUGUGCUGGCAGAAAUUGCCGAACGAUUUGCGGUUCAAUUUCGAUGGGAGUUGCGGCACAACGUUGACCUUGUGCGGGUAUUUGAGCCUUUUUUUAGUGACAAGGCGGUGCGCCGCAUUGAGGCGGAGACGCGAGGGCCGCAGUUUCUCCCUGCGCCCGUAUCAACGCCGGAGAAUACAGGCGCGGCGAGUGGCUACAUAUUGCGCUCCUACCAGCUUGAAGGGGUCCAAUACUUACUGAACAACUUUCACAGGGGAUCGUCAUGCAUUCUGGCGGAUGACAUGGGUCUCGGCAAGACGGCGCAGAUCUCGGCCUUUCUCCACCUGCUUAAAACACAGCACACCAUUGACGGGCCUCAUCUUAUUGUAUCGCCGCUGUCGACACUCACAGGAUGGACGAGAGAACUCGCUCGGUGGGCACCAACGCUGCGUGUCGUGAAGUACCACGGAGAGCGAAAGGGACGGGCAUCCAUACGCACAACUCGGGGCAAUCGUCAUUGUGUUUUUGUGACAACCCCCGCCGUUUUCAAUCAGGAUCGUGGGUUUUUCCGCAAACGGGCAUGGGUUGUGGCUGUGAUUGAUGAGGCCCAUGUACUGAAGGGGCGCGAUACCAUAAUUUCUUAUGUGGCACGGAAGCUUACAGCAUGCUUUCGUCUCGCCGUGACGGGUACUCCUGUUCACAACAAUUUGGGUGAGGUGUGGAGCCUCAUGAAAUUCCUAUACCCUUCCUACUGUGCCAGCUACGACAGCAGCGGCGACGACGACGAUCCAAUCAAAGCAGCCGAGGACUGCGCAAAGUUGCUUCAAUACGUUAUGCUACGUCGAACAAAGGGAUCCAUUGAGUUGGGCAUCCCGCCACGUGUAGAUGAACCCACUUGUAUGAUUGAGCCUACACGCCUGCAGCGGCAAUUACUUUUCCGUAUGACUGAGCAGGCUUUGAAUGGAGAUAAGGCCAAUGCGACACGUCUUCAGGCUCAUUUUACACAUCAACGUAUUGUCUGUUGUCACCCGUUAGCCCUACGAAUAUUAGGUGUUGAGGUUCGGGCCUCAGCCCAAGCGGGGUGGGAAGAACGCUUAGCUUCAGCAGGUAUAGAAUUGGAUGAAGCCUCCAUCAUUGCACCGAGCGCUAAAAUGAUUGAACUCGACCGCAUGCUGCGGGAGUUUAAGGCGAAUGGGCAUCGUUGUCUUAUAUUUUCCAAUUUUACCUCUAUUUUGGAUCUUCUGCAGGCAUUAUGUGUACUGCGAGGCUAUGGCUUUGAAAGAAUAGACGGCUCUACACCACGUGUGGAGCGUGAACUAUCCAUGAUACGUUUUAAUGCUCCCGGGUCAGCUUGUUUUGUGUUUCUCCUCACCACAACAGCUGGCGGUGUUGGUGUGACGCUGACAGGCGCAGAUACCGUUAUUCUCUUUGAUGCUCAUUACAACCCGCAGAUUGACCGCCAGGCUGCCGACCGAGCUCAUCGCAUUGGUCAGACACGUGUUGUCCGUGUGCACCGUCUUUGCCUAAAAAACACCAUCGAAGAGCGUAUUCAUGACGUGGCUCUAAGAAAAGCGUCACUUGGAGACUUUAUUGUAGAUGGCGGGAGUUGCAAAGGGGAUGAUUCAUCUGCUCCGGCACUUUCCGCGCACCAGAUCCUUUUGCUUUUCGGCAAUGAGAAUCGAAUUAUAAAUUAUCCCCGCUGCCAUUUGUCACAUAUGGACGUCGUGGAUUUUGACCACGACAAUUCCGUGGAAGAAACCAUGGUGGAGGCACUGCUGUGCAACGAGGUAGAAGGGCUGCCAAGGUCCCAUGCAACAACGAAGAAGAUUCGAGGUGUGAGGUCUGCAGUCGUGGGUGUUACCCACCACUGCUUUGUGUGUGGGGAAAUCAUGCGGCCGUUAGAACCAUUGUACCACUGUGCCGUGUGUCCCAAGGCAUAUCAUGCCGAUUGUAUCGGCGAGCGGAGACCCAAAGCUGGCAUGAUUGGCCCACGACGGUGGACAUGCCCCCGUCAUAGCUGUGUCUCGUGCGGCAAGGUGCAAGGCUUUGAUGGGGCUGUGUUUAUGUGUACAGAGUGUCCCUCCUCUUUUUGUUUUGACUGUCUCGAUUCACGUUACUUUGAACUGGACGACACGAGAACGCAAUUUGUUCAUAUUCGACGCGAGUAUCCGGGGAUGGAGGCGGAGGGAAUGAAUUCACGACGGUCCAUCUACUACAUUGCAUGCCUCCGCUGCUGUGGGUUAUUAUCAUCAUCCUCAUCUUCAGCCUCAUCGUCCUCAAGUGAGACAGAGAGUGACGCAGUGAACGAUGAUGCUGUUGUUCCUGAGGAUCAAAAUGAUAUGGAUAGUAUGGAGGAGGAAUUGGUGGAGGGAUAA